UGCGCAUGCGACUGCACACCUAGGUCUGGCUGUAAUCAGUGUUACUUCGGCCUAGAAUUCACGACGUUCACUCGCACUUGGCAGACCGUGGCAUUGCGCAACGCUUGCUGAAUUGCAUUGCAGCCGUUCGACUGCCUAAUUGCUAGGUCACGAUGCGUAGCUUAGCGACCCUGCAUCAGUCGCCAGCAAGCUGCUCGCGAAGCGCGCCGGUGGCGCCAUGCCCGGCGCGACGUGCCAACAGCAGCAGGCGCGUCGCUCGCCAGGGUCCCCGCGCCCGCGCCAGUUCGCCGGUCGUGGAGACGGAGUCGGAGGAUGUCGACAUCACGCCACAAAUCGACGCCUUUGAGGAGCUCGUGCGCCUGGCCGUGGAAAAGGACCCCUCGCUCGCGACUCUCGCCGAGCAGCACCUGCGCAGCAAGUCCAAGUCCGCAGCCCCGGUCUCGCCCUUCGCCGCCCCCUCGCCCGGCAGCCCUUCCGCCAGCAGCAUGCUCGGCCCCUCGCUCGGCGCCCUGCCCAACCAAAACAAGCCCGCCUGGCUGCGGCAGCGCGCGCCGCAGGGGGAAAUUUACUCGGGCCUGAAGGACCAGCUGCGCGGCCUGAAGCUGGCGACCGUGUGUGAGGAGGCGCAGUGCCCCAACAUCGGCGAGUGCUGGAACGGCGAGCUGGCCACCGCCACCAUCAUGCUGCUGGGUGACACCUGCACACGCGGCUGCCGCUUCUGCGCCGUCAACACGGCGCGCACGCCGCCGCCGCCCGACCCCAAUGAGCCUGUGAACACCGCCACAGCGGUGGCGUCCUGGGGCGUGGGCUAUGUGGUGCUGACCAGUGUGGACCGUGACGACAUGCCUGACGGCGGCUCGGAGCAUUUCGCCGCCACGGUGCGCACCCUGAAGCAGCUGCGGCCCGGCAUCCUGGUGGAGUGCCUCACGCCGGACUUCAAGGGCGACCUGGACGCGGUCCGGCACCUGGCUCGCUCGGGCCUGGACGUGUACGCGCACAACGUGGAGACAGUGGAGCGGCUGCAGAAGCGAGUGCGCGACCCGCGCGCCGGCUACAUGCAGACUCUGGACGUGUUGCGUGCGGCCAAGGAGUGCGGCGUGUACACCAAGUCCUCCAUCAUGCUGGGGCUGGGCGAGACGGACGACGAGGUGAUCGACACCAUGCUUGACCUCAAGGCGGUGGGGGUGGACAUCUUCACGCUGGGGCAGUACCUGCAGCCCACGCCGCACCACCUGCCGGUCACGGAGUUUGUGACCCCCGAGAAGUUUGAGUACUGGCGCAAAUUCGGUCAGGAGGAGAUCGGCUUCCGCUACGUUGCCUCUGGGCCCAUGGUCCGCUCCUCCUACAAGGCUGGCGAGUUCUUCCUGCACUCCAUGAUCGAGAGCGACAGGGCCAAGGCGCGGGCCGCGCAGGAGGGCGCGGCGGGCAGGGUGCGGCCGCUGUGAUCGGAUGCGUGGGGCGUGGGAGCGGGGGUCGGGGGCUUGGAGGCCUGAAGUGGGGAUGGGGGGGGCCGCGGGGGCGGGGGCGGGGGACUCGGGGUGUGGGUGUGUGAUGGAGCGGGUCAUGGUGGGACGUGGCGUGGUGUUUUGGGGUCAAGCACUUGGGGUCAGGCACUUGCAUGUGGAAGCUUGCCAAAUACUGCGUUAGUGCGGUAGGAUUUGACGGAAUCGUGGCGGCCAUCAUGAGGGGCGGCCUACAGCCCACUGGACGCCCGCCGGGACGUAGGUCAGUCCGCUGGAGGGGGCCGCGGAGUGGCGGGGGUUCGGUGGAGGGCAGGAUUUUGCACUGCACAACUUGCAGCUCUGGUGUGCACCAUGGUAGCUGGUGACGUGGUGUAUCGGUACAGGACAUGUCUAGAGCGCAAGCACAGACUUGCAGGUAAGAGCGAAGAUCACAGAGUUUUGCGUGGGGUCGGAGUACUUCGGAUGUGAGGGAGGUGAAGUGUGGUGCGGUGUGGCGCUCUGGGGUCCCAGGCCUUGAGUUUGCUCCAGAUACAAUUUUGAAGUGUGUGUAUAUUUCACAUGUUGGUAUGCACGUUGAAGAGCCUGCAUAUGGCGGAGUGGAGGGGUUAGCCCUGCAUAGCCAGCUAGGGAGCGCCUGAACAUCCCUUGCCGUCCCUUGCCGUCUAUAAUUGCGUGUACCAAUGUGGCGGUUGCCU